AACGUGCUAGCGCUACUCCGCCUCCACAAUAAAGUGGCGGGCCGUGUGCAAAUCCCACGUGUGACGCGCGGUUCUCUCCGUAGUUACAUUUUAUUCCAUAUUGUAAAAUAAACACGGCGCUCAUCUGACCAAGAUCAGGCCGCCAAACCAGGAGGAGCCGCAGCAGGUGGGCGCCGAGGGGCGGGUGGAGCGAGGAGUGAGUUGAGAGUCGAGGAGGCGGCCAGGGGAGGAGGAGGAGGAUGAGUGCCACCACAGAGUGCUACAAGUGCCACAAGCUGGGACACUUCGCCCGCGAAUGCUUCCAGGAUGGCGGCAGUGGGGGCGGGGGCCGAGGUGGCAUGGGUGGAGGGGGACCACGGGGCGGAGGCCGCGGCGCUUCCCGUGGCCGCAUGGAUUACAAGCCUCCCAUCAGAGAAAAGUGCUACAAAUGCAACCGGAUAGGCCACUUCGCCAGGGACUGCAAGGAGGCUGAGGACCGGUGUUAUCGCUGCAACGGCACUGGACACAUCUCCAAGGACUGCCAGCAUGGCCCAGACGAAAUGUCGUGCUACAACUGCGGCAAGAUGGGCCACAUCGCACGCGAGUGCAAGGAGCAGGAGAAGACCUGCUACAUCUGCCACAAGCAGGGACACAUCUCCAGGGACUGCGAGCAGGACGAGAGAAGGAGUGGUGCUGGCCUGUCUCUCCAGUGCUACCUGUGCGGCAAGCUGGGCCACAUCUCCCGGGACUGCCCCAACAGCGAGCGGGAUGACCGCAAGUGCUACAACUGCGGACACCUGGGACACAUCAGCCGGGACUGCCCAGAGGCCGGGGGAAACGACGCGGUCGCCGACGUCUGCUACCGCUGCAACGAGCGUGGGCACAUAGCACGCAACUGCCGGUCCACACGCGCCAACAACCGCUGCUACCACUGCGGCGAGGUGGGCCACCUGGCACGAGAGUGCGAGAUGAAGGCCUGAGAGACGCUCCUCCCACCGUUUGAGCCGCUGCCCAGCGCCACCUUGGAUGCGCAACGGACAGUUCCGUUGCCCUGCCCUCCUCUCCCAGUCGUCUCUCUUGGGAAAGAAGUAGCCGCUCCCUCACCCCCUCCGCUGCUGCUGCUUGCGCGACAGCCCCGUUUGCAUCUGCAUUGCACUCCGGCAGCUAUGUGCUGUCACUAGUAAGGCAAGGAAAGAUGGAGAGCAAGUUUUUUCCCCGACCCAAGUGUUGCCCAGAAGUGGAAUUUUUAUGGUUUGUUCGCCACGAGAGUCGGGAGAGUUGCCCUCGAGGGGGGGGACUGUGUUUAGUGCUGGCGGGGCUGGCUAGCCAUUACUGUUGUUGUUAACGUUAUUCCGUGAUGGUGGCGAGGAUUCCUUCUUCUAUGUUUGUUUGGCGGAUGCAGCAGAAUUGCGAGGGGGGGCAGGCUCCUGUCCCUUUUCUCAGUGGCACAAUCGCGAGGGGGCCAGCGGGGGAGCAGGCAACCUGUGGGGGCCACUGUUUGUUGUUGUUGUUGACGUUGUUGUGGGGAUGAUGUUUACGCUCUAAGCUUCUCUCAGUGCCCUCAACCCCUCUCUCUCCCCCCCUUCGUCAUGCCAACAGGAAUGGGGGAAAAACAAAAAGCACAGUUGAGUUGAUCAAAGUCCUCGUAGAAGGCGUACGAAAAUGUUCUGUUGAGGGACCUGUGGUUUGAGAAGAGUCUAAAGAAAGUGAGAGAGGUGCAUUAUCCUGAAGGACAGGGUAGUCCCAUCGACGGCUUUGCGUGAAGCCUUGGUUUCCGUCUCGUUUCUACUGUGCAGCACAGAGGUGUCGAAGGAAGGUUGGACUGCAGCAAACUCUUGCGGGGCAUCAGUGGCCUCAAAAGUGACACGCGCAGUCUUUUGCAGUGCGGUGAUGGAAAAGGUGGCAACAAAGACCAGAAAGCGAAGCGGGGGGAUGAGAAGCAUUAUUUAUUUUUGUUGAAUAAAGACCGUGUAAGUUGUAUCGCUAACAGUGAGAAAACGUGGAUGGUCCCUUGCCCUUCCGCGAGCCGUAAUCUCGACGAGAAAAAGACGGAUGGCCCGUUUCCGCUUCCGCGGUUUGUUGUGCGGGCUCGCAGGUUUUGUUGUUUCCACAAGCCACCCUCCUCGUUGAGGAAAGAUGCCAAGGAUUGGUGGUGUACAAAAGUGAGAUUUCGAGCAGCAUUGUACAAAAAAGAAAAGGAAGAGAUAAAGAGAGUUUACGACGUGACACUUGCGCUCAAAGAGGGGGGGUUUCUCUCCAGCCGAGAUUUUCACAUUAGGGGAGGGAUAAGGGCUUUUCUGGGCAUGGGGGGAGAGGCUCUUGGCAAUCUGAUCUUGCUGCACUGUUCUAGUUUGGUGUGAGUGUGUUACGUGUGUUUGCCCAGAAAGCUCUGCUUUUUUGACAAACUCUGCUCCCGCACCCAGUCUUUUUGAGAGUACCUUUUGUAGGGCGUGCUGCAUUACAGCUUCGUAAUGGAAUAAAAAAAAAGGCGAGAAAGGGGGCCCAGCUCCCGAGAAAGACCAAAGGCUUCUGAGGUCUGUGACGGCCGUUAAGUGGACGCACACACACCACACCUUGAAUUGUUGAGCCUUGCCCGUUCCCUCAAACUGUACUUUGAUGCUGCAAUGUGCACGUUGUGUAGGUGGAGGCAUGAGUAUAUAUAUAUAUAUAUUAUAUUAUAUAUAUAUAAAUAUAAUGUGUAAAUACUUGUUGAAGAAGAGAAAGUUUCCCAGAGAUAUUUACAGCUGGUUCACCACAAGUUAUAUCUGAGGUUGUUUGGAUUCCAUCCCAGAGGCAGAGUUUUUCAGUAGAGACGCAGAAAGCAGCCUGCGUUCUUUUGUUUUUCGCGUGGCACCCACCAACUGAAAUAAAAGUAUGGUUGGGGGAAACGUACAUGUCUCAGCCGACAAAACACUAGUCUUCUUUACAAGCACUUGCAUGUUUCGACCAAAAAAAAAAGUAUACCUCACUCCGGGAUCAAGAUGCGCACCAGAAACAUCUUGGCUGAGGUUUACACGACUGGCAUACCUGUGAAUGCCUAGCGGUUGGUGAAAGGUGGAGUGGCAGUGUUCUUGUGCAUUAGUGUUGCCAUCCAUUUAGUGGGCAACAGUCACGUGAGCUGUGUCAGUGACGCCUGAAGCAAGCCACUGCAACGCAAGAUGCCAUUGGCAUCACAGAAUGCUCCGAUAGUAGGCGAAGAGGUUGUGCAAUGUUUGUAAGGGAUUAGGAACACAACAGUGGCGGGUGAUCACUGAGCACGCAUAAAAUGCCGUUACUUCUUCCCGAGAUUGCUGGCAGCGCCACCGACAAUACUUCACAUUUUGUGAUGUCCACUUCUGGAUGGCGAUAUCAGUGUGCAAUAAAUUCUUCGCCCGAGAGUUGUCUUUGAUGAAGUGAACAGCAAGGUACGUGCCUCUGGUACCACAGCUUGUGGCAAGCCGUGACGACGUGUUUAUAUAGCAUUGCAAAUGCCACUCUAGUGAUACCAAUUCCAGUGCUGGAAGGUGCACGUUACACGUGUAGUGUGUGCUCAACACAUUGGCAGGUUGAGACAAAAAGCCAGUCAAGUAGCACAACCCGACUGACCAAACAACACUGUUGAAUAAAUAAUGAAAAAUUCUGACGGGUACUGCUUCUAAAGAACACGAGUUGCCUCGAGUCUUGCGGUAUGUGUGCCUACAAUGCGAAGACCAUGCCUGUCAACUCAAGGUUGAUGGUGAUCAUCUGCAGAGGAAGAAAUGUAAAAUUACUGGGCUGAAAGAGAACAUUAUUAUGCUUGUAGUUGGUCAACUGAAUAGAGAUUCCCAGAACUUACACGAAAACGUAAGGUACUUACCAGCUGUGAUAGCUGGUGGUAGUAAUUUUUGCAAACAUUUAUUGAUGCUUCAUUCGGAACUGCUGGUUCAGGGUGUAUAUGAAUGUCUUAACAGUUUCUACUGGAACAUUGUAUUGAAAGUGGCAAUUUAAGUGAUGACACUUAGUUAAGCUUCAGAAGUGGUUUUAACCGGCCAGAUGGCCUUUCCUCCAAACAGUUCACUAUGUAGUGGUGUGCUUUGUUAGUGCUGGUUUCCUUCUGUAAAUACAUUCAGCUGAUAAUUAUCACGAAUGCGACAGCUUUUGAGUUUGUAAGCCCAGCACCUGCGCUGCACUUUACCGAGGAAAUUUGUUAUCUACAUCUACAAAACAGUGACCGCCAGCUACAGUUGUGUUAACAUCUCGCGUUAUAUGCAUCUCCUUCCUUCAACUCUGUUAAUAAUUGUAUUGUUCCUGUUUGCUUAGAUUUACGUACUGUUGCAUUACCAUGUUCUGCUGUUCAAUAUGCUGUUGUUAGAGGUGAGCAACUCCUUCAUGUGAUAUGUUUGGAUGCCUACAGGUUUUGCAAACGCAAGCGGGUAAGCAUUAGAAGUGGGGAGGCAAUGCACAGCGAUGCCUCUACGCUUCGUCGCAAGUUGCCCAGUCGUGUAAAUCGCAGGCCUCGAUGACCGGGCUGCUCAGCCAUCUUGGAACGUCCACAGUGUUAUCUCGCGUGCAGCCGGAGCCUUCUGCCGUUGUACCUUCUUCAGUUUUAUUUUUGUUCUCUGUUUGUUUGUGUGGGAGGGGCCAUUCAUGAGACCCCAAUCACAGAGCAGAUACCUGUGCUAUCUAAUGUUAUCCAGUGACAUCAAGGUGUACAAACUGGGAUGUGAAACGAGAAAAAAAAAAGAAUAAAAAUGGAUGGAAAAGCUCCAAAGAA